CAUUUGUAGCGAUCACGUGUUCAAGUCAAAGGAAGUUUGAACCAAUAAGCGGCGAGCUGAUGAACAUGAUGGUAACCAUUGGCUAGUUCAAAAGUGAAGCUGCGCGGCGUCUGCGGCAGUUCGAUCUGCGUCGCUGUGGAAACGAACGGCUUCGACGGGCUGUCUUAUAAAACAGCCCAAAACAUGGCUGAAAGCGACUCCGGUGGAACCUCUGACCGCUAUGAAUUUGACGCCCCGUCUCACAUCGUCGACCUCAACCAGCUGGAGACUGCAGACAACGACGAUGAGUGGUUUGAGCAACAGGCGGGGGGAGCCGAUUGUGACCUUAAUACACCUUCGGGACCCGACUGCUCCUUCGUGAAAAGCGACUCACCUAACGUUCCCAGAGGUCAAGUUGAGACAGAUGUGGCCACUGGUCCUGACACAUCGACAUCUCCACCUCCAAACAUUGUGACAUCCUGGGCUGCAGAAACUGAGAGUCAGACUGAUCCCCAACCAAGGCUUAGGAGCGCUAAUCAACCUCCUGCCCAACCACGCAGGGUUUCAAAACGUAAGGGGUCAACAUGUGGUUCUGCCCCACCACCAACAACUGCACCACCAUCAAAGAAACACAGAAGGAGUCCUGUUGCCCAACUGAUUAGAAAAUCCAGGACUAUCCUCCGCAGAAGUGGAGGGCUGAAUGCCAUGAGUGCACCUAAGACCCAGGAAGCAGCUUCCAAUACUGCAAACGCAGGGCCAUGUAGUUCUGAAGAGCAGGAGCUGGAGCGCAUCAGGAAUCUCCAGAAGAAAGUGGCUCUGCAUCGUAAGAAGAACGAGACCAGCUACAAAGCUGCUCUGGCUGGCAAGCCACCACCAAAGAAGACAGCCCUGUCCACAACUGUGCCCAAAGAAUUCCAUUUCAACACAGACGGCCGUAUGAAGGUGACCACUUCAUCUAGUACAGCGCACAAGGAAGUGGACUUUAUCAAUCAGCUUCGUAAACCUUCCUCCCCAGUAAAGGCCAAGAAAGGUGCCACAGUACCCAAACCCUUCAACCUGUCGACAGGCAGCAAGAGAAAGCUGGAGGGGCCAGAUGUCUAUGUGCCCAUGGCUCAGCAGAUAGAGCAGUUCCAGAAACGAACCCCGGACCGCUACCAUCUGCGCAGUCGCUGCAGUCUAGAGAGAGGGCCUUCCCCAGUGAAGGGUGACCACUUAAAGCUCACCCAGCCUCAUACCCCACAUCUGAUGACUCGCCAGAGGAGCCGGCCACCCACAGUUAGGAGCAGUGCUGACCUGGAGGCUGAAGAGGUGGACAAGCUUCACAGGUUUAAAUUCAAGGCCUUGGAGCUGAACAGGAAAAUAUUGGAGAGCGCAGAGGACUUAAAGAAGCCAGUAGUGAAGGAACCCACUGUACCUAAAGGCUUUGAGCUGCAGAUUGAAAAAAGGCUCCAGGAGAGACAGACUUCCCAGAAGCCUUCAGAGGGCGAAGACAAGCCCCACACCUUUAAAGCUCAGCCUCUGCUCAAAAAGAUGCUGGAAGGAGUAGUGGGGUUACCAGAAAAGCAAGUUCUGCAUCCAACUGUUCCUGAGUCUCCAGCUUUCACCCUCAAGAAGAGGGUUCGUGUGGAUCGCAAGAUGGAGGAAGCAAAAAUUCCUUCACCAGUCAAGGCCCCCCCAGUACCCCACUUUGGUCUCCCUUUCAAGCCCCUGCUACCUGAGAACCGCCAUGUGGAGGUCUGUCCUUUCUCCUUUGAAGAGAGGGAACGAGAGAGGAAGGCACUGAAAGAGAAGCGGCUGGAGGAGAUGCGAAAUGUAGAGGUACCACAGUUCAAAGCCCAGCCACUGCCAGAUUUUGACAGUGUGGUCCUACCUGAAAAGAAAAAGCUGGAGCCAACGAAGCCAGAACCCUUCAGACUGCUCCUGGAUGAGCGUGGCGCUGUCAGGAGCAGUCGCUGGGAACAGAUGGUAAAAGAAGAGCAGAAACAACAAGAACAGGCGACAGUAUUCAAAGCCAGGCCCAACACUGUCACUCAUAAAGAGCCUUUCCAACCCAAAAAGGAGGAUCACGCUGCAGCAGUUGUUGAAGCCUUUGAGCUGGCAACAGAGCGAAGGGCCCGGGAGCGGCAGGAGUUUGAGCGACUGGCCAGUGAGAAAGAGGCUCUCAGGGCACUGAUGGAGGAGGAGCAGAGACGAGAGGAGGAGCAGAGACAGCAAGAGGAGAUUGCCAAGCUGCGGCAAGAACAGGUUCACAAGGCUCAGCCCAUCAGACACUACAGACCUGUAGCAGUGAAGAAGAGUGAAGUUCCUCUCACAGUUCCCCAGUCACCAAAUUUCUCUGAUCGUUUCCGCUUGUGAUAAACCCGCUUCAUUCCACUCUGUAAAAAUCUCUACUUUUAUUAUACUAGUUUAAAUGUUUUGUUGAAAUUUUGCCUUCAUCUCUUUUCAAAUAAAGAUUAUCAAAUGUCA